AUGGCAGGCACCCGACGCUGGCGCGUUGUAGCCCUCAGUAUCUUCUUCAUCGUCACCUGUAUAUACUAUGUCAGACAUCAACCACUUACUUUUAAUACUGGCUACCCAGCCUACCUCCCCGGUGCCUCCAAGCCUGGUGCCAACGAUGGGCGCACCCACUGGUCCAAACUUCCCGAGAAGUACCCAGUAUCUUCACAUAUCCCUCUACCGACUGGCAGACCGAACGAGAUCGCCCCCGUCCAAGCGCAGCAGCCGAAAGAAAAUGAGAAACAACGCGAGGAACGGUUGAAGCGUAGAGCUGCUGUGGCAGAAAGUUUUUCGCACAGCUGGGAAGGUUAUAAAUCGCACGCCUGGCUCCGCGAUGAAGUAGCUCCUCUAAGCGGGAAAUAUAAGGACACAUUUGGAGGAUGGGCUGCGACAUUGGUAGAUUCGCUGGAUACGUUGUGGAUUAUGGGCAUGAAAGAGGACUUUGAGGCCGCAGUCAAGGCGGUUGAGGAAAUCGACUUUACAACAACAGAGGAGACGCAAGUGAACGUUUUCGAGACAACAAUCAGGUAUAUGGGCGGGUUUUUGGCUGCCUAUGAUAUAUCUGGUGGGACGUAUCCGAUCCUGCUCGUAAAGGCAGUGGAAGUGGGUGAGCUUCUGAUGAGCUGUUUUGAUACUCCUAAUAGGAUGCCCAUCACCAGAUGGGAUUGGAAGAGCUACGGCGAAGGUCAGGCCCAACAAGCCAAAAGAACCUUGGUCUCAGAACUGGGCUCAUUGAGCCUUGAGUUCACCAGGCUUUCGCAGCUGACGGGAGACCCGAAAUAUUAUGAUGCCGUCCAACGAGUAUCAGAUGAAUUCGAGAAAAGCCAGAACUCCACUAAACUCCCGGGCAUGUGGCCGAUCAGUGUAGAUGCAUCGGUACCAUCAUUUAAUGCCGAUAAUUUCUUCACCUUGGGCGGAAUGUCCGACUCCCUCUAUGAGUACCUCCCGAAACAGUAUCUCAUCCUUGGCGGGCAUCUUGAGCAACCAAAAACACUCUACAAAAACUUCAUCGAAGUUGCCAAGAAGUACCUGUUCUUCCGCAUAUACAAUUCCAAGGAUGAACUGCUUUCUGUAUCCGGAGAUAUUCGUAUGUUAGGCCUGGCUGAUCUGAAGCCUCACCGCGAUCCUCAGGGGCAGCAUCUCACAUGUUUCACUGGCGGCAUGGUCGGUCUUGCGGCCCGGAUCUUUGAUCGCCCAAAAGAUCUUGCCGUGGCCGAAGAACUCACAGCCGGUUGUGUCUGGGCUUACGACAGCAACGCAAACGGGGUUGCACCCGAACUUUUCCAUGUAAUGCCCUGUCCCAAUCAAGGCAGCUGUAAAUGGAGCGACGAUAUCUGGUACGAUGCACUCGCUGCCCUGCACCCUUAUGAGCCGGGAGUUGAAGAAACUCCAAGUGGCCGUGCAGAACGAAUUAAGAAACUGGCCGCUGAGAUGAAGCUUGCCCCUGGUUUUACGUCAGUUGGUGAUAGACGGUAUAUCUUACGUCCGGAGGCCAUUGAGUCCGUCUUUAUCAUGUACCGCAUUACCGGCGACCAGAAAUGGCAAGAUGCCGCAUGGCGCAUGUUCCAGGCUGUCGAGAAGGUUAGCCGGACUGAGGUUGCCGCUGCGGCGAUCAUGGAUAUUACAGUGCCCAAGGAAGAGGUUAAGGAUAUGCAAAUGGACAGCAUGGAGAGUUUCUGGUUAGCGGAGACGCUAAAGUAUUUUUAUUUGUGUUUCGAGGAGUUCGGGGCCGUUAGCUUGGAUGACUAUGUGCUAAAUACUGAGGCACACCCACUGAGGAGGCCGCAAUGA